UCCUCCAUAAAGAUAAGGAGGGAGAGGGCCGGCUCGUGCAUAUAAAUACCGGCUUUUGAGACAGCAAGAGACACUGUAUCUUUACAGGAGACCUCAUCUGUGCAGACCAGAGGAAACCCCCCUGAACCAGAUUUCAAAAUCACAUACACAAUGGCAGAUGAAAGCUUUCAACAGGAGUUCCUGGAGACCCACAAUGCCUACAGGGCAAAGCACAACACGCCGCCACUGACCCUUAACAGCGAGCUGAGCGCUGCGGCUCAGACAUGGGCCGAUCACCUGCUGACAGCAAACACCCUGAAGCACAGUGACACUAAGGACGGAGAGAACGUCUACGCCAUGUCGAGUUCAGUUGCCCUUAACCAGACAGGGAAAGAAGCAGUGGAUUCAUGGUACAGUGAGAUCAAGGAUUACAAAUGGAGCAGCCCUGGAUUCCAAAGCGGCACCGGUCAUUUUACUCAGGUGGUGUGGAAAGACAGCACUGAAUUGGGCGUGGGCAUGGCCACUGAUGGCCAUAAGAUCUUUGUGGUUGGGCAGUACCGGCCAGCUGGCAACAUGAACAUGCCGGGCUACUUUGAGAAAAAUGUACUCCCACAAGCGUAAAGGCUGUGCAUCUUACAGCUGGCAGCGAGGUGGAUGGAGCACACAACACUGCCGGUGAAGGAGAUGGAGUGCACCCAAGAAGAACCUGCACACUGCUGUAGAUGACCUGGACCCUUCCUGCAACCCCACUCCCAAACACACGAUUGCUAAAUAACCUGCCCUGUAAAUAAGUUAAAAUCAAAUAAUCAAAUCCUUGUCUUGAUUAAAAAAACCUUUAAAAUGUUAUUGAGGUUUAAUAUAAAGGUGUGAAUCAAUCAACAUGGCAUAAUGAAAUUCAGAUAUAGUUAUUUUAUGAUACUUGUAAACCAAAUAAAAACUGAUUUAUUCAUGAAAAGAAA